AUCACGAUGGAGUUAAGCCGUGGCCUGCAUACUCAAGUGUAUUAAUGUUCUGUUCCCUGCAGAAUACAAAGACCUUUAUCGAAACCCUAUCUGCAUCAGCCAGACGGCGAUAUGAGUCAACCGGAUCCGUCGAAGAAGCCCGUCUUCCUCACUAAAGCACAGCGAGAACAGCUAGCCCUUCAGCGCCGUCACGAUGAAAUCUCCGAACAGAAACGCCGGGCAGAAGAGCUUCUCCAACAAGGAGACAACAAUAACCGCCCUUCCUCCAACGAAAACGACGACCGUGAAAAGGAUCAUCGUGAGAGAGAUAGGAGUGACCAUCAUCGGUCCAGGGACAGAGAAAGAGAGAGAGAAAGGGAAAGGGGGUCGAGGGACCGGGAGUCGGAGAGGCGGAAGCGAGAUAGGGAGCGGGACGAAGAGAUUAAGGAAAGAGAGCGAGCUCGAUUGGAGAAAUUAUCUGAAAGAGAGCGAGAGAAGGAGCUUGAUGCUAUCAAAGAGCAGUAUCUCGGGUCGAAAAAACCUAAGAAGCGGGUUAUUAAACCUAGUGAGAAAUUUAGGUUUUCGUUCGAUUGGGAAAACACUGAGGACACGUCUCGUGAUAUGAAUGCUCUCUACCAAAACCCUCAUGAAGCUCGGUUGCUGUUUGGUCGCGGAUUCCGUGCUGGAAUGGACAGAAGGGAGCAGAAGAAGCUUGCUGCGAAGAAUGAGAGGGAGCUACGGGAGGAGAUCCGGAAGAAGGACGGCGUUGAGGAGUCUGCUGUAGAAGCUGCUGCUCUGAAGAAGAAGGAACUCGAUGCCGAUUUGUAUGACACUUUCGACAUGAGGGUUGAUCGCCAUUGGUCAGACAAGAAGCUGGAGGAGAUGACGGAGAGGGAUUGGAGGAUAUUCAGGGAGGAUCAUAAUAUAUCCUAUAAGGGGUCGAGGAUACCCCGUCCCAUGAGGAAUUGGGUCGAGAGCAAGUUAACUGCUGAGUUGCUCAAGGCCGUUGAGAGGGCUGGCUACAAGAAGCCGUCUCCCAUACAAAUGGCUGCCAUUCCUCUUGGACUUCAACAGCGUGAUGUGAUUGGUGUCGCAGAGACUGGAUCAGGUAAAACUGCUGCCUUUGUUCUCCCCAUGUUGACGUACAUCACUAGGCUUCCUCCAUUGAGUGAGGAGAAUGAGGCGGAGGGGCCAUAUGCGGUUGUAAUGGCCCCCACUCGAGAACUUGCUCAACAAAUCGAGGAUGAGACCGUCAAGUUUGCACACUAUCUGGGUAUCAAAGUUGUUUCCAUUGUUGGUGGGCAGUCCAUAGAGGAGCAAGGUUUCAGGAUUAGGCAAGGUUGUGAAGUUGUGAUUGCAACCCCUGGGCGACUUCUUGAUUGCUUGGAGAGACGGUAUUGUGUUCUUAACCAGUGUAAUUAUGUUGUUCUUGAUGAGGCUGACCGAAUGAUUGACAUGGGGUUUGAACCUCAAGUUGUUGGUGUAUUGGAUGCUAUGCCUUCAAGUAAUAUGAAACCGGAGAAUGAGGAUGAAGAGCUUGAUGAGAAGAGGAUUUAUCGAACCACUUAUAUGUUCAGUGCUACCAUGCCACCUGCUGUAGAGCGGCUGGCUAGAAAAUACUUAAGAAAUCCUGUUGUUGUGACUAUUGGCACUGCUGGAAAGGCUACUGACCUCAUUACUCAGCACGUUUUCAUGGUAAAGGAACCUGAGAAAAUGUUUAAGCUGCAGAAAUUGCUGGAUGAGCUUGGAGAUAAGACUGCUAUUGUGUUCAUCAACACUAAAAAGCAGGCUGAUACUGUUGCCAAGAAUCUGGAUAAAAACGGCUACAGGGUAACCACACUGCAUGGUGGAAAAUCACAGGAGCAGAGAGAAAUCAGCCUUGAAGGAUUUAGGACCAAGAGGUAUAAUGUGUUGGUUGCUACUGACGUUGCUGGUCGUGGGAUUGAUAUACCUGAUGUGGCCCAUGUGAUAAAUUAUGAUAUGCCAAACAAUAUUGAAGCAUACACCCAUCGUAUUGGACGUACAGGUCGUGCAGGAAAGACAGGUGUAGCCACAACAUUCUUGACCAUGCAGGACACUGAAGUCUUUUAUGAUCUUAAGCAAAUGCUCACACAAAGCAACAGUCCUGUUCCCCCAGAACUCGCCAGGCACGAGGCAUCGAAAUUCAAGCCUGGAAGUAUUCCUGAUAGACCACCUAGGCGGAAUGAUACUGUCUUUGUUCAUUAAAGUUGGAAUUGCUACAUAUGCUAUCAUAGUUGUCAAGUGUUGAGAGUUUCUAUCAUAGGAUCUGCUAAAAAUGGAGCUAGGUGAGGGAAUGAUGGAGUUGGUAGAUGUAGUGGAGGGUUCCAAGUUCCAACAUAUUGGAACUGAAGUUGGUAUACUCGUUCAAAAAUGAGUUCCAUUUUUUUACUAAAACUUUUCUGAAGGGAUUUGCUUUCUUUUUAUGAUUUGGUUUGUCGAUAACUAAGCUUUACGUAAGGUCUCUGCCUCAUUUCUUUUA